AUGGGACAAGUAUUAAGUACUGAAGCUAAAUUCAUCAAACAUAUUAAGUCUGAGCUUAAGGCCAGACACAUAGAGGUUUCCAAAAAAGAUUUAUGUGAAUUUUUUGCACUCCUCCAUGACGUAUGUCCGUGGUUUACUAUUACUGCCCCUCGCAUUGCCAACUCCACUUGGUGUCAGAUUGGCGAUGAGCUUGAGGCAUUUUGUUUCAAGCAACACGAUGAACCCCACCGCAAACUCGUCAUGCAAUAUUGGCAACUGCUUCAAGGCAUUAUUUUUGAUGUCCCCUUCUCUCCUACUAGUCGUGCUGUUGUUUCCCAGGCUCAACAAGCUCUUGUUCAUGCCUCCCGUGAGCAUUCUCGCUGCACUUCCUGUUCUGGCUCCUCUGUGGACCUGUCCUUGCCUCCUCAUUCUCUUCCGCCAUCUCCCUCCGUGCGGGGGGAGGGGGGCGCUCGCCUCAAGAAGGGCAAAAAUCCGCCUCCCACUAGAGAACCUUCCCCUGCCCGCUCUACGCACCCUCCCUCUCCGUCCCCUUCAGACCUUGGUGCCGUUGUGCUGGCACCCACCGCUCCUCCUUUGGAUCCUGCUCCUUUCUCUUCACAUCCUUCCCCCUCAAAUCCUGUCUUGGCCCUUGCGUCUAAUGCACCCUCGGCCCCCCCAGACUGGCAGCAGUUCUGCGAGCUGCAGGCGCAGGCAGCGGCCGUGGACUUUGCGCACAAGUUCUGCUGCUUUGUAUGCGAGCACCCGACCUACGACACCCCAAAUGCGGGCGCCUCCUUCUCGCACCACUUAGCCGCCAACUUCUUAGCGGCCUUCGGGGCCGAGGUGCACUGGGUGCUGGACACGGGGCCCGACAGCACCCUGGAGCCCGCGCCCAAGGCGGUGGCAGCAGCGGCGGCUUUGCAUGGCCACUCGUGCAGCUCCGAGGACGUGUCAUCGUCAUUGGGCCCAGCCAUGCCCAAGACCCGGGUGCGCAAAGGCUUCUCAUUCCGCAACAUGAGCCUAUGUGUGGUGGACGGUGUGCAUGACUUGUGGCACCAUCGCGCAUCGCCUGAGCCCGACGCUGCCACUCCUGAGACUACAGCAACCGUGGUGACUGCCCCGUAUGGUCGCACUCAAGAGUCAGUGGUGGUGGGCCUGACCCAUGUCCCGCUGGAGACUUUGGAGUGUCCCAGUGGCUAUGGCAGCAGCGGAGACAGCAAUAUCACAGGGGAUGAGGGAGCAGAGCUGGAACCAGGGACAGAGACUCAGCUAGAACUAUCCGACUACCCCUGGUUCCACGGCACCUUGUCCUGGGUCAGGGCAGCACAGCUGGUGCUGGCUGGUGGCCCUUGGAGUCACGGCCUCUUCGUCAUCCGGCAGAGUGAGACACGGCCUGGGGAGUAUGUGCUGACCUUCAAUUUCCAGGGCAAGGCCAAGCACCUGCGCCUGUCGCUGAACAGCCGUGGGCAGUGCCACAUGCAGCACCUAUGGUUCCAGUCGGUCCUGGACAUGCUGCGCCACUUCCACACGCACCCCAUCCCACUGGAGUUGGGGGGCGCCGCCGACAUCACCAUCACCCUUCGCAGCUACGUGCUGGCCCAGGACCCCAUGCCUGAUCCAGGACCCGCACCCGUUCCCGCGCCCCACCCCCCCUUCCAUUACCCUUGCCCCUCUCAAUCCCCACCCUCUUGA